AUGUUCAAAUUUUUCUACAAUCCCAAAACACAGUACAUAUUAAGACAACUAGGUUGGGUGCCAGUUUUCGCGUUUUUUGUCGACCACGUGUACAGUGUUGCUUCGGUAAACGGACGUUCGAUGCAACCCACGUUUAACCCAGACUCGAACAGACUUCGACACGAUAUUGUUUUACUGAAUCGAUGGGCUAUAGCGCGGCGGAAAUAUGAAAUUGGGGAUGUGGUCACAUUAUGGUCACCAUUUGACCCCGAUCUAUUAAUAACCAAACGCAUUAUCGCGUUAGAAGGCGACACUGUUAAAACAUUAUCUUCGUAUCCAGAAAAAUAUGUGAUUGUGCCAAAAGGGUAUUGUUGGGUGGAGGGAGAUGAGAAUUUUCAUAGCAAAGACAGUAAUUCGUUCGGCCCUGUUCCACUCGGACUGAUAAAUGCCAAAGUGACACAUAUUAUCUGGCCAUUAUCACGGCUUGGUAAAGUUCCCAUUAAGACAUGCCCCGAGCGAGUUUCAAAUUUUAGAACUAUUGAGGGUUAUGGUCCAAACUACGGUAGUGGCUAUGGAACGCCUAAAAGAGAUAUGCAAAGUCAAGGAGGUGGUUGGAUCUCACCCUCUGAAGGUUCCUCCUUUUUCAGCUCCGAUUCCCCGAAAAAUCAGUCAAGUUCUGUAAAGGAAACUCGGCAAACAUUACGACCAGUGACUAUUAAGCAAAUAUUGUCUAUAGAACCUAAGGAACCACUUCAGCUUGAUGGACAUGAUAUUUCUAGUGUUACUUUUGUAGCAACUGUUAGGUCUGUAAAUGAGCAAACAAACUAUAUUAAUUAUAUCAUGGAAGAUGGCACCGGAUCAAUCGAAGUUAAAUCAUUUUUCAACGACGACUCGAAUGAAAAGAAAUUCGAAACCAGAGCGAAUACUUAUGUUCGGGUGCUCGGAAUCGUCAAAUUAUCUCAAAGAAUUGUUGUAAAUCCUUUCUCUAUACGUCUAAUUAAUGACUAUAAUGAAAUCAGCUAUCAUUUUCUAGAAGUAAUUCAGAAUUCGACAGCGUUUCAAUAUGAGAACAAUACAUUCAUUUCUAGUGGUGGUGGUGGUAACAAUGAUCAGUUUAACAGAUUCAAGAAUGAACCGGAUGACCUAUAUCCUACCAACUUCACGGAUAUUGAUAAAGCAAUAAUGCGAUAUGUGGAAGAAUUUAAAGGAAACGAUAGAGAGAUUAAAGUUCAAGAUAUUAUAAACAAAUUUAGCAUUUAUGGUCAGAGCACCGUGAGAGAUUCAAUUGAAAUGUUAAAGAACGAAGGUCAUCUUUUUACCACAUCUGAUGAAUUACACGUCAAAUCUACAUCUGAUUUCUGCUAA